ACCGUCUUUGCAAGCGAGGGACCAACACUGACCAUUUUAAGCCAUGACCAGAAAGGGCAAAAAGGGACAUGUGCUUUGUACGGGCACCCUUCAAGAAGACCAAGAUAUGUUGACCCAUUUCGCCGGUCGGUCUUCGAGGUUUACAGACCAACAUCUCAUCCUCAGCUUAUCUUCCAGGAGGGAAGGGAGGAGGGGUCGGAGCUAAAGAAGAUGACUUCGCUCCAGUUCUUCCCUCCCACCUCUCAAAACCCUAAACCUAACCCUAAACGCACCCACCUCUUCUCCUCCUCCAAGAACCACAUCACCAAAGCCACCCUUCUCCCCUCCUCCUCCUCCUCCUCCUCCUCCUCCUCCUCCUCACCCUCUUCCAUUACCUCUCUAUUAUCCUCCAAAAGGCCGAGUUCCAGCCCUCCAAAAUCGCUCUCCUCCGCCAAAAAUUCCAACUUUAACCCCACCCAUGUCGGCCCUCCCCCUAAAAACUCCACCUUACUUGGCUUCCAGCUCUUCCAGCCGAGGCCCUGGCGGAGGAAGAUCGAACGCAGCAGCGGCGUCGAGGCCCAGGGCGGCGAGACCACCGAGGCCAAGCCCCGAUUGGAGCAGGAGAGCGGGGGAGGUGGAGAUGGGGAUGGAGAGGGUGGGGGAGAAGGAGGAGAGGAAGGGGAGAAGAAGAAGGGACUCCUUCCAGAAUGGAUUAAUGUCACUGCGGAGGAUGUGAAGACCAUUUUGGCGGCGCUUGCGAUUUCUUUGGCCUUUCGAACGUUCGUGGCCGAGCCACGGUUCAUCCCUUCCCUUUCAAUGUACCCCACAUUUGAAGUCGGAGAUCGCAUUGUUGCUGAGAAGGUUUCAUAUUACUUUAGAAAGCCAUGUGUGAAUGACAUAGUGAUCUUCAAAAGCCCACCUGCCUUGCAGGAAGCAGGAUAUACUGUUGAUGAUGUUUUUAUAAAAAGAGUUGUUGCCAAGGAGGGUGAUGUUGUAGAGGUGCAUAAUGGCAAAUUAAUAGUAAAUGGCAACAUGAGGAAUGAAGAUUACAUUCUUGAGCCACCAUCUUAUGACAUGAACCCCACUCAAGUUCCUGAAAACUCUGUAUUUGUGAUGGGUGACAACCGCAAUAAUAGUUACGAUUCACACGUAUGGGGUCCUCUUCCGUCCAAGAAUAUACUUGGGCGAUCCAUAUUCCGCUACUGGCCACCGGCAAGAAUUGGGAGCACAAUUCUUACUGAUGGUUGUGACGAACUGAAGCCAAAGAGCAGUUCAGUAGUGCCGCAAUAACAAAGUCAAAUUUGUUACUUACAGAUCCGGGAGCAUUUGGAGGUUGCGAGAACACGCCUAGUUAAUCAUUUUUUUGCCUUCAAAGAAGGAAAAGAGGAAGGCCAUCAAACCAAGUUUAUCCUUGCCUUCCUUUGAUUAAGGAAAAGAGGAAUGGAGGCGAAGAAACCGAUUUUUCUUCAGGUUUCUUUCAUUCUGCCUCAUUGUAAACUAAAACUCAAUUCAGUUCUUGUACUCCGACCAAUUGGAUUUAUGCUGACUGAAUGUUUCCAUCUUGCUUUUGCCAUAUUGUGCUUUUAUAG